AGCUCACCAACACGUCAACUUAUCUGCAUCCUCACUGGACUCUUCAGCUGCCUCUCAGUUCAAAAGAAAAAUCUCAGACUUUUCAACAAAUUGGAAACGUUUCAUCUGGUUUAGCUGUGGCUCCUCUUCUGAACAAACACUUUGGGAAAGUCGCAAUAAUACCAGGCAGUUCCACACACUGCUCAGUGAAAACUAUCUUGGAGAAGAUCACCUCUGUGCUCCGGUUUCCUCUAACGUCCCACCGUGAGGUGAAGAGUCCCACUCAGCUGAAGACUGAGGGAAAUGAACAUUAUCAGGUUUUCUCCCAGGCUUUGUUGAUCAUUCGUGAGCCUCCAUGGCAGACUGGAACUUCUUGGGGAAGCUACUGGAGAGUGCCCAGUUUCACUCAACCGUGGUGGGCAAGGUCUGGCUCACGGUGCUGUUCAUCUUCCGCAUCCUGGUGCUCGGAGCCGCUGCUGAGAAAGUGUGGGGAGAUGAGCAAUCCGGCUUUACAUGUGACACCAAGCAGCCCGGUUGCCAAAACGUCUGCUACGACAAGACCUUCCCCAUAUCACACACCCGCUUCUGGGUGAUGCAGAUCAUCUUCGUCUCCACGCCUACUCUUAUUUAUCUGGGUCACAUCCUUCACCUGGUCCGCAAGGAGGAAAAGGAGAAGGAGAAACUCAAGGACCUCGCCAUAAAGAAUGAAAAACAACAAGACUUAAUUAGCAAUAAGCCCACAAAGGCCUCCAUUAAGGACGACCAAGGCCAUGUGCGUCUGCAUGGUGCUCUUCUGCGGACGUAUGUCUUCAACAUUAUCUUCAAGACUCUCUUUGAAGUGGCAUUCAUCGUAGCUCAGUACUUCCUGUAUGGAUUUGAGCUGAAGCCGAUGUACACCUGUGACCGCUGGCCCUGCCCUAAUGUGGUGAACUGCUACAUCUCUCGACCUACAGAGAAGACAGUCUUCAUCCUUUUCAUGCUGGCAGUAGCUUCGUUGUCCCUGCUGCUAAAUCUGGUGGAAAUGUACCAUUUAGGUUUCAAAAAAUGCCACCAGGGUCUUCGCGUCAGAAGGUCAAAGAUGGAAAGGGAAGCUCCCAAGGCCUUAGGUGAGGGGGUGAUACCUUUCGUUCCAAACUACACCUACUUUACAGGUCACUCUACAGUGACGGAGCCCUUUCCUGCAAACUCAAAGUACAGCAUAGCAGAGCCAAACUCUGCUUACAGCCCCUACAACAGCAAAGUAGUCUACAAGCAGAACAGGGACAACAUGGCUGUAGAGAGAAAAGGCCGAUCAGACGGAGAUGAUGCAGAGAAGACAAAAAUAUCCGGUCCUGUUACUGAUCCUCCUGUGGAAAACCAGCGUAGAAACAGUCAGUCCAGCAAGCACAGCAACAACAAGGGCAGGUUGGAUGACCUGAAGAUCUGAGAACUUCAUGUUUCCUCCCAAGCCUCAGGGACUACAGGAAAAAUCCAUCACAGGAUGUGAUGCAUCUUAGAAAUCUGUUAGCUCCAGAGAGGUUAGAUUGAACCACUCAGUGCGGCAGAAUCUAGGAACAGAAGUAUUGGGAUGAAUUUUGAAGGUUUCGGAGUUUACAGGCAAUGUCAAAAAUCUUGACAAAGUAGACAGAAAGAAAAAGAUAUUUUGUAACUGAUUGCAUUUACCACUUUGAUCCAUGAAAUAUUGGCAAUGAUAUUAACAAUUGCGUGUUGUAAUUGUAAACUUCAGGGAUCUCUUUAAGAUGUUUCAUUUCUGCAUUACCUACUGACUAUAUCACUGAGUAAUCCUCAGAUGCAUGUAGAAUCUAUAUAUUGUUUUCAACAGGUUAAUUUGCACUGUUAUGGCAUGAUGAAUGUAUGAAUUAUUAUUGUUGGAGAUUUUCCUGAUAUGUUUACAAUACUGACAAGUUUUAAUGUAAAAUUAAGACAUUUUUAAGUAGCCAUGGUGCUGUUUGUUUACAAUUUUAAUAGCUUAUAGUGUUUUGUGGGGGGUUUUUUGGCUUAAAUGGUUGCUGUCUUUUUGGUUCGGGACAAAUUUUUGUGUACACUUGAUUAGUUCUGCAAUACUUUGCCUUGGUAGGUUACUACUGCAGUGAAUUCUCCGUUUGUUUACAAUGGUACAGCUUUAUGUCACAGAGUACCGCAUUUGCUUUCUUGAAUAAAAAGUUGCUAGAGAAGAUUCAAAAGUCUCCAAAUACAAUAUAGGAACAAAGUAGAUAAGUUGGUUUUCUCAUCCUGACCACAGCCAUGCUUUCCCCCUAAGUUUAUCCCACCAUUGGCUGGGCACUUUGGUGUCUUUUGCCCACUUUGAAUUAAUUUUUCAAAAUACAGUAUGCAUGCUUUCAGCAGGGUUAAUUACAUUUAAGAAGAUUUUUCAGCAGCACUACUUUGUCUAGCUGCUCUGAUUAAUAAUGUAUUUUUAUGCCAAAGAUACUUUUGGCCAAAUAUAGCACCACUGAUUUUUUUUUUUUUUGGGUGCAUCAAAUGUUUCUUUUUUUUGUUGUUUUAAAAUCAAAGUCUUGUUAAAAUCACACCCAUUUACAAAAACAUUGCAUGCAGAUGUUUUAAAUUUCAAAAGCACAUACCUCUGAACUAGCAGUUCAUAUUAUCUGAUGGCCUUUUUAUUGUAUUUGUUUUGGACUUAUGCCUAUGAUACUUUGAAAAAUAAAUGAUUGCCAAAGGAGUUUAUGGAUUUUUGUAAAGUAGUCUUUAAAAACAAAAAAACUGUGAAGUCUUUAUUCUGAUUGUACGCUACUUCAACACUCUGAUUCAAAU